AAAUAUCCCCAAAUCUCCCACAAAACCCCCUUUACAAGACUCCCCCCCAAAUCCCCCUACCCAUCCUUCUCUCCUCCCCCUACACCCUCUCUGAACCCACCAUCCUCUGUUCCUUCCACCGAAGCUAUUCUACUCAAAGCCUAAACAGACAAUUUUAGGUAGAAGAAGAGACCGUGGCGCUAUUAGGGAGAGAAGUGGGGAUGAAGAGGCUGAGGGGAAUUUGGUAGGGGAUGGAAGUGGAGAUUGGGGGGUGAGGGGGAGAGGGAUUAUAUGGGUUUAGGAGAGAUUAUGGGUGAUGGGGUUGGGAAGAUUUAGAAGGGAAUUCUGGGGGUUAUGGAGGUUAGAAGUGGUGGAUGGAUCUAGAGCCAUCUGGGAUAGUGUUGGCUGCUUGGUAUCUGGUGAUAUAAUUACUGGUUAUGUAGUAUUAAAAACUAAGACUUCAUCAAACUAUCAUAUCGUGAGGCAUAUUUCUGAUGAAACCCAACUAGAUUGGCAAGGUGGUUAAGAGAUUUAGGCCUGUUUUUAACCACUUUGAGUUUUUUGUAUCAAUGAAAUUGAGUCUUGUUAAUAUCUAUUUUAAGAAUAUUGAAGCAAAUUUGGAUAAUGUCAGUGCUGUAUUUGGUAGGAGACUUUUUGAAUACAUUGAGAGUAUUUUGUAAGCAUUUGAUGUGAAAUUAGACUAGGCUUGACAGAUUUGAAGAGUGUUAUGAUCUAUUAGAGAAAGAGAAAGUUUUAGCGAUGAAAUUCUUGAUAGUAGUUUUUACGAUUCAUUGGCUUAUUUAUAUUUGGCGUUAAAUGAGAGAUAUGGUUUUAUGAAAAUUACCUGUUUAUUUUGCAAAAAUCUGUGUCUCUAAGGGUAAAGCCAGACAUUUUGGAAGGAAUGAGUUUUAGCGGUGAAAUGCUACAUUUUCAUCUAUUUUAAGGUAAACCAGAAAUUAGGUUUAAAACUAACCAUUAGAAGCUCUUUCAAAGACAUAUAAAAUUGGUGAGUCUCAAAUAAAGUCCCAAGAGCUUUAUAAUUAAUAAAAUAUUAUGGUAAAUACUCUAUCUAAAUCUAAAUGAGUCUCUCAAUUCUGAAGAAUUAAAAUAUUGAUAAACAGUUAUUUCUUAUGCUUCCAAGAUUUUUAAUACCAAGAAAAUUAUUCCUAAAAUUAAGGUUGAAGGAGAAAUUCACUAAAGGAUUUAGAAUAGGAUUGAGGCCUUUACAGCUAAUGACUAUAAUGCCAUCCAUGCAUAUGUCUUUUUAUACCUUGCUAAUUACUGUUAUUGCUAAAUUUUGAUAGAUAUUUCAAGAUUCUUCAUCUAAUUCUCAAAAAUUUAUAACCAAAAAUCUUUUCUACUUAAAAUCUGAAAACUUCGCUAACUCUUUAUUGAUAUUUUAGCACAAAAAUGUAUAUGAAGAAAGAUCCAUACUCUUUUGGUUUACAGAUAUUUAGCUUCCAAUAUGAGUUUGUCUUAUUGUAGCAAGAGUUCCUACCAGAAAUGACUCAGAUUUUAUGAAAUAAAUAAGGCUAUUAAUAGGGAAAAAUAAAGUACAAUUCAAUUCUAAACGCAAAUUUAAAGUAAUAUUAAUAAUAGCCAAGAGUUGUCCUCAUCCUUCAUUCAAAAAUUCUAUCACAAUCCUGAAAGCUAAACUAUUAACUUAAAAAUAAAUUGGCGAAGUGAUACUAGCUUUAGAAUCCGAAGGAAAUCGUCAAGUUGGCUUCAAAUAAAUAAAACUAUUAAAAAUGUUCAUAAUAAUGACAAAUGCUUUCUUUUGUGGUAAAAAAAAUUAUUCUUAAAACUUACAUAAGACUUAAGGCUUUAACUAGGACCCUACAAAUACAAAAAUCAGAAAUAAAGAUUUAAUAAUAAUUUAUUUAUUUAUUAAAUAUGGACUUUGAAAACCCAUUUGCUUAUGGAACUCUGAUACUCCAUCCAAUGUGGGACUACGAAAGUGUACUCAGAGAGCUAGAACAGACCAAGAGAUGCUGCCCAUUUGGUCAACACUUAGAUUUAAACAGUGAGCGUGUCUGCAGUUUACAUGGUUUACACAUUCCAUCGAUUUCGGAAUCUCAGGGAAAAGACUUACACCAAAAAUCUAGUAAAUCAAUGAUAAGAAUCCAGGCUUCUCCUGGUAAAUCUCAAAUGUGCCCCAAAAAGCAAGAGGGCAAUUCACAUCACCAAAAAAACUUAGCAUUGACUGAUGCAAAGUGAUGAAACUAAUGAAACUCAAACGGAGACUGAAGAAAUCAAAUACAGAAGAAGACGUUCAAAGAGACUUAAUAUCAGAGCGAAACUUAUCAGGCUUCGUAGCCGUAUCCUCAAUAAUCGCGAAUCUUCUUUCAAUCAUUCAUUGAAAAAGACGAGAUAUACUAGCAAUGUUAACUUGAACAGGCGUUCCAAAUUCAUUGGAGUUUCCAAAAACAAUACCCAUUGGCAAGCACUUAUCACUGUGGAUAGGGUCAAGAAAUACAUUGGAAUUUUCAAUGAAGAGCUUGAAGCAGCCAAGACCUAUGACCUAUACGCAGUAGCAAUAAAGGGUAAAAGAGCAUGCUUAAAUUUUGACUAUACCUCCCAAGAAAUGCUAGAAUUGAUUAACUUCUACUUGAUGAACAGCAGAGUGAACAUGGAGGCAUCUUAAGAUGAAUCAGUUUGAUAUGUUUAUGAUAUACUUAGAUUAACGUCGCCAUUAAUGAUUAAAUUGAUCAUAAAUGAAAUUC